AUGGUUGGUUCUGGGCACCGUGGGGAUCCCAUUGAAGCCUUCCGUGUGAUUUACAAGGUCACACCUAACUACCCUAAGCGACUGAGUCAGCGCUUUCUAGAAACAGCAGAGGCAACUGCCAUCAGGCUACAGAGGCCGGUCCUGUGCGCGUAGGUAAACCUCUUGCACACUCCGCGUCUGCUGUGGGCCAAGAUCGAUUAACUGUAUGCAGGUCUCUGCAGCCCGCCCCCUUCCCUCCUCCCCCCCCCCCUUGUGACACAGCUCAACCUAACCCUCACUGCCACUGACUACCUCCUCUCCUCCCCCCUCCACUCUAUUCACAUACCCCGUUUUUAUGGAAGGACGAACCAUAAUCGAUUGCACUUAUCACUCAUGUGUUCCCAUAUAAAUUUACGGGUCCGAUGAGAAUUUAUCGAAGGCACGCGUAGGCCCGCCAGAUACUCUUCUGAAUUGCUCCAUGGGAAUUUUUGCAACUUUGAAACAUUCCAGUAGUUGUCGAUAGGUAGGAAUUUAAGACGCCGAGAUGCGGUCGCAUGUGUCCUUGAGCGUGGCAUCCACCACCCAAGCCUUCGCUAUUUGAGUGAGGUCCGAUUAACAGCCAGUUUGUCAGUUAUCUAACAACCUAAUCACAGAAACACUCCAAUUGUGCUCCAAAUGUAGUUUUCCCCUUCUCACUAUCUUCCGAAAAUUACUGCAGACUGGGAAUCUUUAAAUGGUUAUUGUUUCAGGGCGAUGGGUUACUCGCAGGUGAUGAGAUUUCAGCAAUUAACAACAUGCAUGCCGGCCAUCCAGUAAUUAGCGCACCAGUGGACAACAAUUCUUGAUGAAGGGGAGCGCGGAUGAUUACUACGGGUAUACGGUAACAUAACAAAAGAAAGUACGAUGCUGUCUCUCUGUUUCAUUGGACAUGAUUUGGUAGCACACUCGUGCUGUGGACAUGUGAGCCGCCCAGGCACGUACCAACGCCUCAAGGUCAUGCACCCUAGUGUUCGCACGCACGCACCGCAAGUAGCGCAGCCGCCUGCGUGACCUUGACUCGCGUCCCCUGGAAUUCGAACUGCUUGACUGGACUCUUCAAGCCCGCGCCUACCAACAAGGACCUAGGCACUCCCACUAAACAAAUUCCACCAGCCCUGGCUCUCAGAGGUCACCGGUUUUGGAGCGAUCCAUUGUUCUAGAGCACAUGCGACGGCUUUCACUUUCAUUAGAACCAAUUGUUAAUCUUUCUGUGGCUCGUUAAUUUUAAUGACCACCAAAGGUUUUACAAACCAAACAUAGACAAUAAGAAGCAACUCAUAUUGUGUCCGCAUUGCUAUUACAUCAUAAAAAAGUAGUGGAAAACUCUACUUGUUUUCUGUAUAUUGAGAAAUCCAAUUAGACUACGUGCGGGUUAUGGCCUUGUUUGUGCACAAGUGCAGCGUGAUCUUGUUCAGAAUCGAUUUGGAGUAUUUGUGUCAAUAUGAUAACAGGGUGAUAGCAAUGGCAUCGUCUUUGAUUCAGAGAAAAUGAUGGACACGGAUAAUCUACUGCCCUGAUGGAAAGAUUUUUUACUGCUUUCAGGUUGGUGUAGUGAAGAUCCAGAAGUUGCGAUUUGGUGUGUUGAGAAGGACAGGAUGUUGUGGAUGUCGCAGCACAAUAUUAGUCACUUCCAACACGUAGCGUCGACACGAAAAUUGACAGCGACAAUGAUAAUGAUCGUGAGCUCGAGAGGGAGGGAAAGGAGGAAGAAAAAGAAGAAGAGGAGGAGGAGGAGGAAGAGGAGGGGGAGAAGGGGUGGGAGGAGGAGGAGGAAGUAAGCGUAUAG